CUGGCAGACAAGAAGGCAGCCGGAGACACACCUCUCGUUCACACCAGCAGCGACAAUCAACAGCCUGGCUGCACCGUUCUGACAGCAGACAGGGAUUCAGUGUCUCAGCAGCUGGCGGUGUAGCCCCAAAUGGCCCAACCGAAUCAGACAGACAGCGUAGAGAGCAACUCUACUGACUGUCCGUCCAUAGAUGACUUCCGUAACCAGGUUUACUCUACAUCCUACUCCCUCAUCACUGUUUUAGGCCUAAUUGGGAACGGCUUUGCGCUGGUGGUGCUGAUCAGAACGUACCGCCAGAGCUCUCCUUUUCAUGUCUACAUGAUUAACCUGGCUGUGUCUGAUCUGCUGUGUGUUAUGACACUGCCACUGCGAGUUCUCUACUAUGUCAACAAGGGCCAAUGGAACCAGGGGGAUUUCCUCUGUCGCAUCAGCUCCUACACCCUCUAUGUAAACCUCUACUGCAGUAUUUACUUCAUGGCUGCCAUGUCUAUUACACGUUUCUUGGCCAUUGUCUUCCCUGUGCAGAACCUGCGGCUGGCGACAGAGAACCGUGCUCGCCUGGUGUGCGUUGGCGUGUGGGUGUUUAUCUGUCUUUCAUCCUCUCCCUUCCUCAUGUCUGGCCAACAUUUCGACUCCACCACGAAUAAAACCAAGUGCUUCGAGCCUCCACGGGGUCAAGGUUUGCAGAAACUACUCAUGCUGAACUAUUUGUCUCUGGUGAUAGGCUUUGUCCUGCCGUUCCUGGUAAUCCUGCUCUGCUAUGCUGGCAUAGUCCACACUUUACGGUCUCGCACCCAUGCUUCCCGACGCCAGCAGGACACAGGCACCAGAGCCAUCCGAAUGAUUGUCAUCGUCCUGCUGACCUUUCUAAUCAGCUUCAUGCCUUACCAUGUGCAGCGCACUGUCCACCUGAGCUUCCUUUCCCGGAGUGACACUACCUGCUCAGAGAGGGUUGCCAUGCAGAAGUCUGUUGUUGUGACCCUGUGCCUGGCUGCUGCCAACUCGUGCUUUGAUCCACUGCUUUAUUUUUUCUCUGGAGAGGGUUUCCGCAGCCGCUUGACCUCCCUGCGCCUGUCAAGGAAAGGCAGCACCCUGCACUGCACAGCCCAGCUGAAGCCCGUUCCAGUCUCCGUGUCUGGGGAAAACCACCAGCUGAAAGUCAGUUAAUUUACUACAGACGGGAGGUAUCAAAUCAAACAAGCAGCUCAGGAUAUGUUAAAGUGCUCAGGAUGACGGGUUCCUCAUUAAGAGUCAGGGAAAAAGUUGAGAGAAACAUAUGAAGAUAAAAGGCAUAACAAGUUUUAACAAAUGUUGACUCAUGAGCAGAGUAUUAAAAAUGUAAGUUACAAGUCUCACAAGGACGAUCUUUUCCACUAAAACUGAUUAUUAUUCUAAAGAGCGCAUAUUGUUCAGUAUUUAAGUGAUGUUGUUCUGUAUUAUUAUGACUGUAAGCAGUAGCCUGAUGUAUCUGAAAAAUUUACUCACCCUGUCAAAUCACAAUAUAAAUAUACAUCUUAUCAAUGUAUGAAUGUAUUGUAGGUUAUGUUGAAAUAUGUCUUUUUGUCUGGCUUGUUGAUCAUUUUUUGUGGAAUCUUAAUGUUGUAAUGGCCAUAAACCUUUUUGGCCAUGAUUAUUUGUCAUUAUGUUCUCGUAACCAUUUUUCACUGCCUUAACCAUUUUUCUGUUUUAAUCUCCGCUGUUAUUUUGUUCUUAGUUAUUGUAAAUCCCCUUGCUCAAUAUGAUAACUUUGACCCAAUUAGGAUUUGAAUUUGUUGUUUUUGUGCAAAUGAUUUUUAUUAUUUCUUUGUCUUAUUUGCAUUUUUUUUUUAACCUUUUAUAGAGUUAUGCACUGUAAUCUGUUUUGAGAUUCAAAUUAAAGAAGAGAAUCAGAUUAAAAAGAAGGAGAAACAGCUAGCCUGGCUCUGUGUAAAGGUAACAAAAUCCAUCUACCAGCACUUCUAAAGCUUACUAUUUAAAAUGUUUUAUCUUGUUUGUUUAAUCCUUAUUAAGUGUGAUUCUAGGCAGGUUUUGGUACCUUUAGAUAGAGCCAGGUUACCUGCUUCCCGCGUUUCCAGUCCAGCUGCUGGCGGUAGCUUCAUAUUUACCAUAUAGUCAUGAGAAUGGUAACAAUCUUCUUAUCUUACUGUAUGGAAAACAUAAUUAAUAAACUGC